AUGUCUCGAGUCCAUCUCAUGCGUCGCACUAUACCACCGGUAGCGGGAGCCGUAGGCGGGGCAGGAUUUCCCGCAGGCCCCAAGCGUGCCGGCAGCGGUGGCCGCCCUCGUCGCGCAGGUGGUCGUGGCGGCGGCGGCGGCGGCCCGCUCUCGUCACUGGACCCGUCUGUGUCAGGCGCCGUUGCGAAGUCGUCACCUGACGACGAUGUGGACGAGGAAGUGGACGAGGCGGGCGGGGGUGGGCACGGAACAGAAAAUAACAUCCUCUUUAUUUCGAGCGUCGAGGCGCUCGCCCCCGACAUCGACAUUAAGAAAUGGAGUACGACGCGGAAGGAGCUGAAAAAGGUUCUGAAGGAGUAG